AUGGCUACGAUCCGGCGCCUCGCCGCCUUCAUUCUCCUUCUCGUGUCGUCAGUCGAUGUGCGAGCCAAGAACAUUGACUACGCCGCUCUCCCCGACGAGACGCUCUUCCCCGGGCCGUGGGAACGUUAUAUCAAGGCCCCGGCAGAUAAGACGCGCAUCACGCCGGCUCGCAUAUUGACCACCUUUGGCGAUGUCACGACGAGCUCCGCCACGCCACGGGCCGUCACACCAGGCGACCAUGUUCCUGGACAGGGCAUAUUGAUCGGGCCCGAGGGACUGCUGACUCUGGAGUUUGACGAGAACACUGGCGGCCGGGUUUGCUUCGACGUCGAAUCUGUGGGCGACGAUCCAGAGCUUUACCUCUCCUACUCUGAAUCUCCUCUGCUCUCAGGGAAGCUGCCCGACGCGACGACGGACCGUUCGCAUGGAGACCUGCCCCUGCAGAUCGAGUUUGGAACCCAGACUGGAGUGGUCUGCGUCGGAAAGGACUUUGUGCGAGGCGGCUUCAAAUACCUGACCAUUCGGAUGCCGGUGUACCCCGUACUCGGUAGCGGUCCGGCCCCCUUUUCGCAUCGUGACGUUUUGCCCGGGCAACACGUCCUGAGCCCCGGAGUCGAACGGAGGAAAUCAGACAGAGAUCCGUACGCGACGCCGUGGGUGUCCAUCAGGAACCUCUGGGUCGACUGCACUGCCUUCCCGUCGCAGGCCCAAGGCAGAGCCUACUCGGGCUACUUCUUCAGCUCAAGCAACCUGCUCAACAGGAUCUGGUACGCCGGCGCGUACACGCUGCAGCUCUCGACGCUCGACCCCAGCGAGGGCUCGUCCAUGAUCGACUACAACCGUCUCGUAGACAACAACAAGUCGCCCGCCGGCUCCUGGUACUCCAACUUUACCAUCGCCAACGGCACCACCGUCAUCGCUGAUGGUGCCAAACGAAACCGCAUCGUCUCGCCGAUCGAUUUGCUCCUUGCCACGCCCGGCAUCGCCGUCUCGACACAUGACAUGCUCGCCGUGCGCAACGCCCUCGAUGCGCUCUUCGCGCACCAGUACGCCGACGGCUCGCUCCCACGGGCCGGCCCUCCCUUUGGCUUCAACGGCGAGUUUCUCGACACGCACCACCUCCAGGCCCUCCUCAGCGUCCACGCCUACGUCAAGUUCUCGGGCGACAUGACCUGGCUCACGCGCCGCUGGCCAGCGUACCUGCGCGCCGUCAACGUCAGCGUGGCCAAGAUCGACAGCAACACGAACCUCCUCCCCGGGCAACAAGGCCACAGCCUCGAAGCAAGCGCCCUGCUCUCCGUCGUCCUCGACAGGACCAUGACCCUCGCACGCUGGCUCGGCGACAACAACGACGGCACCACGCACCGUCCCGACGACUACCUCUGGGCCGCCGCCCGCGCCGCCCUCCACAAGGGCAUCCAGUCGCUCUACUGCCCGACGACCCAUCUCCACGCAGCGAACCUCGUCGAGUCCCGCCGCUGCCCCGACCCCGACCACCUCGCCCCGCAAGCCGGCAACGCCUGGGCCCUUAUCGCCGGCGCCGCCGCCCAUCCAUCCUCUUCCUCCUCCUCCUCCUCCUCCGUCUCCCGCGCCCUCAGCGCGCGCUGGCUCCCCGCCGGCGCGCCAGCCCCCGAAACCCCCGGCCUCCUCUCGCCGCUCGCCUCCUCCCUCGAGCUAGCCGCCCACGCCGCCGCGCGCCGUCCCGCCGCCGCCGUCGCCCUCCUCCUGCGCCACUGGGCCCACCUCCUCGACGCGCCGGGGUUCACAAACAGCACCCUCGCCGCGGGCGUCGCCGUCGACGGCCGGGGGCCGCGCGCGGCCGCCCGACGACGCGCGCAUGUCGCACUGUGCCGCCGGCGCCGCGGGCCCCACGGGGUUCCUGACGGAGCACGUGCUGGGCGCUGUCGUGGCGGCGCCGGGCGGCGGGGCGUGGACCGUGCGGCCGCGGCUCACGCCGUGGCUGGGCUGGGUCCGUGGCGGGUUCGCGACGGCGAGGGGCCUGUUUGA